ACGAAAACAAGGCAAUGACGAUGUUCGUCAUUACAAUUAUAAUGGAAAUGUUCAUGAUAGCAUACUACCUAGAAUUAUUCAUUAAGAGAUGUGCAGAAGAAGGGCUUUCACUGUAAGCUAUGUAACUGCUGUAAUAAUAAAACAAGUAAAUACACUAUCGCAAACAUAAUUUCUUUUCAUUUUUGUUUUGUUUAUUCAGCUCCGUAGGAAGUGGAUGUACAGGAAAACAAAGUCUAACUUGAUGCAUGUCAUCCUAGGUGUCAUCCGAGAGCUCACUCUCCUAAUCUUGAUCAUUCUGUUCGUCGUACCGGGGUUUGGUGAUGUCUAUUUUGGCUAUGGUGUUACCUUCAAAGCCGACUGGCAAUGGGAACUAGGUGCAUAUGCUGUUCUCUUGGCCUGGAUUAAUUUCAUGUUUUUCUUGAAAACUGCUCCGUUCGUCGGCACCUACAUUCUCAUGUUUAUAGAGGUUAUAUCGACUAUGUUAAAGUUUUUGCUUGUUGCUGGAAUCUUUAUUUGCACCUUUGCUGUGGUUUUCUGCAUCCUUAUCAUCAAUCAGACGCAGUAUCACACAUUUGGGGACUCCUUAGCUAAGUCUGUGACCAUGCUUACCGGUGAAUUAGACUUUGAUACCGUCUUUCAUCCCAUGGAUUACUUGUACCAGCCGUCUGCUGAUGUGGACUUUACAAGCGUAGUCUUCUACCCUCACACUACGCAUGUUAUCUUUAUCAUCUUUCUCUUUUCCAUGCCAAUCGUCGUCAUGAACCUCCUGACUGGUUUGGCAGUAUAUGAUAUUGACGUCAUUCAGAAAAAGGCCAAGAUUGUUAAACAGAAAAUUGAGGCGGAAGGAAUCAUGGCCAUGCAGAAUGACAUGUCUCUGGGGAGGUUGAAGAGUAGUGUAUUCCAACACCGAACGAUAACAGUCUUCCAAAAUGUCACCUCAUUCAAAGCCGUCUACUACAUGCUCACUGGUUAUGAAGACACACAUAAUGACUUGAAGACAUUUCUGGAAAUUAAUCUAAAAACGGAGGGGCGUAUUCCGUACAGGAAGACAACCGAUAUGAAGAUUGAUGCCCUGAUGAAUAAAAUCAAUGCCAAUACCCUUAAAGCUGAUACACUACAUCAGGAAGCAAUCAGCAGUAACGAGCAACUUAAAAUGCAAAUGCAGGUUAUACAGGAUAAGCUGGAUAAGAUGUGUCGUGGUAAAGUUGCUUGAACACUUGACUUUAGUGAAUUUUAGAAGAACUUGGCUGUACCUUCUUCAUUUGCAUCAUCAUUUUUGUCUUCAUCUUGUACUUCUUUUUUUCUUCUUUUCUUAUUCUUGUUCCUCUUCUCUUGCUUCAACUUCUUCUCCUUAUAAUUAUCAAUAUUAUUAUUAAUAUUAUCAUUAUCAUCAUCAUCAUCAUCAUCAUCAUCAUCAUCAUCAUUUUUAUUGGUAUUGUUAUUAUCACCAUCGGUAGUAGUAAUGAUAUUAUUAUUAUCAUCUUCAUUAUUAUCAUAGCAUCUAAAGGGGAGUUGCCAAAAUAAACAUAAUACCCAAUUAUGUGUGGUUUUGGUUACAUUGUUAAUUAUUCACAAACAAAAUACUACUAAGAAUCUGGCAACACGCCAUUCACUUGUGUAUACAAAAUCAGACAAAUUGGGAUAAAACACUUUGUUGUAAUAUCACAUCAAAUAUUAUUGAUCAAAUGAUCAAAAUAUUUAAUUGGUCAUAACUAUCCAUUCACUCAUAUCAGGAAUUUUUUAUCAAUGGUCUAACAUCUCCUCUUCAAAUCGGCAACAAUUUUGUUUUAUUGCUACCGUAGUCCAUAACUCUAAUCAAAUAUCUGAAAGCAAUAUUACUUUAUAAUCAUAACUGCAAUUCCAUCUUUGGUUUGCUUAAAAGGGCAUUCAAAGCAGGAGGCAAAUCGCAAUGGUGAAGAUGAAACAUAAAUAAUGCAGUCUGUACAAAAGUUAUUAUGCGACAUUGUGAGGGUAUUUAUCUAUAUCAGAAUUUACAUAUAUUUUGCUUUCUUACAUAGAUUUGAGAUUAUACACUGCCUGUUGAUCAAAUUUUGUUAAGACUGCAUGUUAUAUAUUGAAAUAUAGUUCAAAAGGAUGGAUGGAUAAAAGUAAAGAUGUUUAAAGACUAUUAUAUUUUACAUUUGAAAUAAUGUGUUAAUUCAAUACUGCACGUUCAUGAAAUUAUUAUCAGAAUGUCAUUCAAUGUACACUGAAAUGUAGUGUACAGAAAAAUGUGAAAAACUGUAAAUAACAUAAGAAGUUACGUAUGCUUUGCUUUUUAACUGGAUUUAUGCUUUUAGACUGCAAGAACAUCAAGUUAUGUUCAGUUCGUAUUGUUUAUAUAUUGAAAUAUAGUUUCAACGGAUGGAGGAAGAAUUUUGAAGAUUUGUUAGAACUGUUUAAUUUUACAGUUGAUGAAUGUUAUAAUUCAAAACUGCAAGUAAAUCUAAUUCUUGUCGGACUGUCAUUUUAUGUUCAUUAAAUUAAAGUUUAAAGGGAUAGAGGAAGAAUGGUUAAUAUUUGUUAAGACUAUUAUACGUUACUGAUUGUGAUAAUUCAAUACUGUGCCGUCGAUUGAAGGUUCUACACUGCUAAGACUGCAUUUUAUAUAGAUUGAAAUAUCGUUUAAAGGGAUAGAGGAAGAAUUGUUAAUAUUUGUUAAGACUAUUAUACUGUACAUUUUAAAGAACAUUGGAAUUCUAUAUUUGGCGUACAUGAAAUAAUUAUCAGAAUGUCAUUUAAGUACAUUGAAUUGUAGUGAAUAGAGUAUUUUUUUUCUCUUAUCCUCAGGCGAGGUUUUUAUUUCCACAAUAGUAAUACAUUUGUACAUUAAUAACUCAAUGAUUGAAUGAACCUAACAUAGGCUAAAGAUUAAAGUACAUUCAACAAUUCUUCCAGCUUAGUAUUAUUUUCUUUGCUAACACAAUAGAGUAUAUGGAAAACUGUUAAUGAUUAAAGAAAUUACAUAUACAUUGAUUUUGAAAUGGAUUCAUGCUUUUAGAUUGCAAGAACAUAACAUUUUGCUGAGACUGCAUUUGAUAAAGAUUAAAAUAUGGUUUAAAAGGAUGACGAAAGAAAUGUAAAUAUUUGUUAAGACUAGUAUACUUACAUUUAAGAGUGUAAUCAUUCGAAACUGCAAGUACAUCAAAAUAUUGUCAGAAUGCCAUUUCAUGUACAUUUAAUAAUAGUUUAAAGAGUAUGUAGAAAACUGUAAAAAAA